GUCUCCGUAAUCCCGAACUUCCCCGAUUCAAUUACCCCUCUUGGAUCUAGGUACGCUUUGUUCUACUCAUCAACUCAGUUGUCUCGAUCAACUUAAUAACUCAGUUGUCUCUCUUAACUCAGUUAAUUCAAUCAACGCUGGUAUCGAUCUACAUCUCCAAGAACUUCAAGAUGUCUCCUCCAGCUGCUGAUGCUGGUGCCCGCGAGACUGAGGGCGUCGAACAAUGUCCCUGCUUCCGUUGCUCUCCCACCCACAUUGCCCCCGCCAACGCCGGCACCCUCCGUCGCAUGCGCUGUCUCCAGCUCAACUGGGUCCAUAGUCCCAUCCUCCUCGCUGAGAAGCCCUGCCCAAUCCACGUCUCCUUCUUCAAGGGCUUCCCCGCUGAACGCGCCAAGAUCACUGGCUCUGCUGACUGCCGCACCAUGACCAUGCUUGGUCUUCACGACAACCCCUACGUUAUCGGCGUCACUAUGGACAUCGAGACCAUCAAGUUCCGCGACCAGGACAAGACCAUCCAGGGCGGAGAUGACGAGUACGGUAUCGUCACGACCAUUCGCUGUGAUGAUUCCACUGGCUUGCCCUACAAGUAUGGUGAGCCUGGUCAGCUUAUGUUGUCAUUCAUGGUUGUGUUCAAACUCAAGGAGGGCGGCAAGACUUUUGACGAGAUGAAGAACUGGGAUGCUAUCAUCGGCCUUCUUAAGGAGGGUACUGAUAUGUCCUUCACCAAGACGGGCCAGGCCUUGCAGGAAUCUGUCAAAGCCAGAUUUCUCGAGAACUAUGACGCUGGUGUUGAAAUCCUCGAGCUUCUUGUCUUUUAGGCCAAGGGAUGUGGAGUUGCUGGCUAAAGCUCAUUACUGAUAUGUCCGGCAUUCUGCGUCUACUAUGGGAGGAAAGGGAGAACAGGAAGGGGUCAUCUCAUCUGGCUUCUAACAUUGCGCGUUUUCAGCUGAAGGAAGCUAGGGGGGGGUAAAUGGAUAGUCAUAUUGUCUGGAUUGUGUGGUUGCU